GGAGCUUCUUGGGGCUCCAUGAGCAACUGAGAAAAGGGAAAGAGAGUCUAUUAAUCGUUUUUUUUUGGCGGAAAAUUUUGGAGUUUUCUUUUGAAACUGGAGACAUUUUCAAUUAAAAAUGUUCUGGAACCUAGUCGCCGUGAACUAUGAACGCUACCAUCUCCAUCACCUGGUCAAGAUCGGAGUCCUCAUAGUGUACAGUUUCCUGGGCGCCGGCUUAUUCGUGCUGUGUGAAGCUGAAAAUGAAAAAUCACUGAAACACGAGGACAAUAUGCGGGUACUCCGCACAAGUAUUGCAGCUAAACAGGUUUUUGUGCAGAGGUUGCAGAAUAUGUAUUCUGGGAAUGGAAGUUCCUCCGAAUUCUCUGAAACCAAAUUGAGAAGAGUGCUGUCAGAAUACGAUGCGGCGAUGGGAAUAUCGAUCGAUAGCAAAAUGAAGACAAGAUGGGACAUUUGGGGUGGUCUAUAUUACGCUGGGACGAUUUAUACCACAAUUGGCUACGGUGACCUUGCCGCAGAGACCAUAUGGGGUCGAAUAUGCACAAUGUUGUAUGCAAUGAUUGGAAUUCCCAUAGUCAUCAAUAUCCUGAACGACUGGGGUAAUAUGCUUUUUUACUUCGUGGAUCACUUUUGGCAAAAUAUCGGCCGCCAAUGGAUCCAAUCACUCCGGCAAAAGCUCCGGCGGAGGAAAGUGCAGAGUUUGGAGGAGGGCUCUAUCGACAAGACCCCCCUAAUGGAGACCUCUUCCACACCACCAUCACCUCAAAAUCCCAACGGGACCCGUCCGAUACCUCUUCUCCUGGUCCUGAUCGUCCUGUUCUUCUGGAUGAUCCAAUGCGUUGCCUACUUUGCAUACUUUGAGAACUGGACACUUUUCGAGUCAGUCUACUUUUUCUUCAUCUCCAUGACAACCAUAGGAUUCGGAGAUUUUACCCCGAGCCAUACAGUGGCAGUUGGUGGAAUCGUGUUCAUCCUUGGAGGUCUCUCUGUGGUUUCCAUGUGCAUUAAUGUAAUACAAAUGCAGUUGGAGUUCAUUUUCAACCAGAUUGUACAGAGAAUUGAGAACGAUUUUAAGAACACUUUGAGUGUGGCAGCCGAGGAGAGCCGCAAAAAGUCAAUCGGAGUCUCCGAAUUCGGCUCUAUCGAUCCCUCCAAGAAAAAGACAAUGAGAACCGACGGUAAUGUGGCAGAGAAGUACAGUGAGAAUAUGGAGAUGGGAAAUAAGCUUUUGAUGCGAUUUAUGAGCAAUCAUCAGAAGAAGAUGUUGAACGAGAAGUUUGACGAGCGGGCGAAGAUGAGGAAUAGUGGAACGCAGACAACGUCGCAGAUUAAGGUUGCCAGUGUCCAAACCGCAGAACGCUAUGAACAAACUUGGGAUGAGGACCCUGAAGAAGAGCAGCCAAAGUCACGGAUUAAUACCAGGCGGCUAUAUAUUUAUAACACCGGUGAAUGAACUUAUAAUAAAUUGUUUUAUUAAUCAGAAUA